AUGGAUGAUAUUUUUUCUAGUGGAGGGAGACCAAAACGUAAAGCUCAACCCAUCACAAACUUACAUCAUUAUCGUGUUGAUUUAUUCGUUGAUGUCAUUGAUAUUCAGCUCCAAGAGUUAAAUGAUCGGUUCAAUGAGAAGAAUAUUGAAUUACUUCUUUGUAUGGCAUGCUUGAGUCCAAGUAAUUCAUUCUCUGCUUUUGAUAAAGCAAAGUUGAUGCGACUUUCCCAAUUUUAUCCAAGUGAUUUUUCUGAGCAUGACCUCAAAUUACUUGAAGAACAACUUGAGAAUUACAUUUCAGACGUGAGCUCUAACGAUGAAUUUAUAGAAUUGAAAGGGAUUACUAAUCUUGCGCAAAAGAUGGUUGAGACAAAAAAAGAUCAGAUCUACCCUUUAGUGUACUUGCUUCUGACACUAGCACUAAUCCUACCUGUUGCGACCGCAAGUGUAGAGCGAGUAUUUUCUGCUAUGAAUAUUGUGAAGAAUCGGUUACGCAAUCGAAUAGGGGAUUUGUGGAUGAAUGAUUGUUUGGUUGCAUAUAUUGAGAAAGACAUUUUUAAUAGUAUAGAUGACGAGGUUGUUAUGCAACGAUUUCAAAAUAUGAAAACUCGUCGAGGACAAUUAUGA